AUGGCUCCUACUGCAAUGGCUCAGGCCACACAACAAGCGGCAGACACCAAGUCUCCGCCGAUAUCAGCACCGGCACCAGCAUCAGGGCCGCAGGCAGUACCGAGUCUGGGGCACAAGCUUCCCAAGCUCGAACCCAGGCGGCGCCGAGCACAGCCUGAGAAUCCCAUCCCUUUCCCCGAUACGCCUGCUCUUCCACCACCCCCAGAAAGCCCAGGCUCGUUCCGUGUACCGAGCCGUCGCAUCUUGUCCAAAGCAGACCACGACUUGUUCAUCUCCUCCCCAUCCUUCAACCUGAUAUUGUCAUGGAUCUUCGGCCUGUCCGAGUCUGUCGUCGACUCGCCCAUCUCAGCAGUGAAAGACGACGAGCUGACCACUCCAGUACGGACGCUCUUGGAGAUCCUGGACGAGGUAGAGCAGCUAGUCUACCAAAACCCGCCCGACGACCAGGGAGGCUCGAGAUUCGGCAACAAGAGAUUCAGAGACUUCCUGGACAAGGCCAGGACACAGGAAAUGAAGUGGCACCAACGGCUCGGCGUCGAGAACCCGGAAGCCGUCGCCGAGCUCUCAAUGUACCUCAGCCAGUCAUUCGGGAACCGGAAGCGCAUCGACUACGGCUCUGGCCAUGAGCUCAACUUCAUGAUCUGGCUGCUGUGCAUCUACCAGCUGCGCAUCGUCACGCGCGAAGACUUCAAGCCUCUCGUGCUCAAGGUCUUCACCCGCUACCUCGAGGUCAUGCGCGUGAUCCAGUGUUUGUACUAUCUCGAGCCGGCAGGCUCCCAUGGCGUGUGGGGCUUGGACGAUUACCAGUUUCUCCCUUUCCUGUUCGGCGCGUCGCAGCUGGCACACCAUAAGUACAUCACGCCGCGAGCCAUCCACCAGGAGCUCAUGCUCGAGCAGUUCGGGAAGGACUACCUCUACCUGAACCAGAUCGUCUUUGUGAACAGCACCAAGACCGUCAAGGGCCUCAGGUGGCACAGCCCUAUGCUGGACGACAUCUCAUCCGCAAAGUCGUGGGAAAAGGUCGAGGGUGGAAUGCGCCGCAUGUUCGUGGCAGAGGUGCUGAAGAAGCUGCCAGUCAUGCAGCACUUCCUGUUUGGGUCCCUGGUCCCGGCCGUGGACGGCAUGAGCGAGCAGAGCCUGGCUGGGGUUCCGGACGAGGAAGAUGACGAUGAAGGCGGAGAGGUCCAGGUUUUUGACGAGGGUAACGUCCGGCACGUUCAUCAGCAGAACGGCUGGGGUGAGUGCUGCGGUAUCAAGGUUCCCAGCGGUGUUGCUGCUGGGAUGGAGGCCAUGAAGAAGGGCGAGACGCUACGGAGGAUACCUUUCGAUUGA